AUGGCUGAUGAAAAGCCCAAGGAAAGAAUCAAGAUGGAGAACAAUGAUUGUAUUAAUUUGAAGGUGGCAGGGCAGGAUGGUUCCGUGGUGCAGUUUAAUAUUAAGAGGCAUACACCAUUUAGUAAACUAAUGAAAGCCUACUGUGAACGACAGGACACACCUGCACAGCUGGAAGUGGAGGAUGAAGAUGCAACUGAUGUGUUCCAACAGCAGACAGGAGGUGUCUACUAA